CCCGUAUAUAUAUAUAUGCACAUAAUAAAACAUUCCAUACUUUACAAGAAAGCUGUUGCGAAUUUAUUAAAACGCUUUUACAUAUGUAACACAAAAUGGGCUGUAAGAGUUCAAAAGAAACAAAACGGGAUAACGCCCCCAUUCCUCGUAGCGGCUCUCAGGUGACUCAAAGGAAGUUGGAUAGGAAGUAUUCGACAAUAGGCAAUGGCUACAAGACGCUUGAACAGGUUGCUUCGGCUCUGACUCAAGAAGGACUUGAAUCAUCGAAUCUUAUUGUUGGUAUCGACUUCACUAAAAGUAACGAGUGGAAAGGGAAGAGGUCAUUCAACAAGCGAUGUUUACAUAGCGUUGGAGUGUCACAAAAUCCGUAUGAACAAGCAAUAUCGAUCAUUGGGAAAACACUAUCGGGUUUUGAUGAGGAUAACUUGAUCCCUUGCUUCGGGUUUGGAGAUGCCUCGACACAUGAUCAAAGUGUAUUCAGUUUUUAUCCGGAUUCGAGUUAUUGCCAUGGAUUUGAGGACGUUUUGAGACGAUAUAGAGAAAUAGUUCCUCAACUUCGACUUGCUGGGCCUACUUCUUUUGCACCUGUUGUAGAAAUGGCCAUGAAAAUUGUUGAAGAAAGCGGUGGCCAAUACCAUAUUUUGCUGAUUAUUGCCGAUGGCCAGGUUUCAAGAAGUGGUGAUACCAAAAACGGCCAGCUCAGUUCACAGGAACAAAAAACCAUGGAUGCCAUUGUCAAAGCAAGUAAUUACCCGUUAUCAAUAAUAUUAGUAGGGGUUGGAGAUGGUCCAUGGAACAUGAUGAAGAGAUUUGAUGACAAUAUACCUUCUCGAGCCUUCGACAAUUUUCAGUUUGUGAAUUUUACAGACAUUAUGUCAAAGAAUGUGGAUGCGUUGACAAAACAGACAAAAUUUGCGUUAACAGCCUUGAUGGAAAUACCGUUGCAAUAUAAAGCAACCCUUAAGCUCGGUCUACUUGGCACUCGAACAGGCUAUGCUCCAAACAUCGUUCACCUUCCCCCACCUUGUGGCAUGAAUUUAGAGUUCAUGAACACAAUCCCUCCUAUCGCUCCUCACUAUCACCCGUCUCCUAGCGCUCCUCACUAUAACCCGUCUAUGAGUUCCACUUAUGACAAUGUCUGCCCCAUGUGUCUUGGUAAACAGGGGGAAUUGGCUUUGGGUUGUAGGCAUCAGCCAAAUUUUAAUAGACACAAUGGGAUUUACGGCUAAUAUAUGCUUCAUGAAGAAUUCUUUUUCUCAUUCUUAUCGUUAUUGUUGGGGACUACCGGACCAGCAUAUGUUGCCAGCGUGAAGUUAAUUUUUUUGAAGCAUCGAUCUAAACAACUUAAACAAGGCGGUAUCUAUUGUUUUCAAACAAAAGUUGCAAUCUGUCUAUACAUUUCUGUAGAUGAUAUAUAUUGAAACAUAGCUCAAAGGUUAUU